ACUCUUUGAAAAAAUCCUCAUUUUGUGCCUCUUUUACUCUAUAGUCUUUCUUUGGGUCUCUGUGGCGAUCUCAGCAGUCAAUCUCCUCAGAGGCCGUUCUGUCAAUUUUAUCAAAAAUCAUAACUCUGAUCUAAAUACAAACUUAAAAGCAUUUCAUUAAAGUUGUCCUAUCUUCCGUAAUAACUGCGUAUAAUUAAAUGAGUGAUUUGAAGUGGCUGUAAAAUAAUAGACUUCACAAUGUGCGGAGGAUUCACUUGUUCCAAAAAUGCUCUGAUUGCGCUGAAUAUUCUAUAUGUGGUUGUGGCCAGCAUUCUGAUAUCAGUGGCGGUGUACGGGCAGGCGUCGUCACUGGUCACCAACUUGCCAAUUGUGGGAGGCAUUCUGGCAUGUGGGGUAUUCCUCAUUUUGAUAUCCCUGCUGGGUCUACUUGGAGCAGUUAAACAUCAUCAAGUCAUGCUGUUCUUUUAUAUGGUGAUUCUAUUUCUACUGUUUUUGGUGCAAUUUUCAGUAGCAUGUGCUUGUCUGACUGUUAACUCAGAUCACCAGGAAAUGUUGGCUCGUCAGGGAUGGAACAAAGUUACUUUGGAUGUGAAAGAACAAGUUCAGGAACGGUUUCAGUGCUGCGGCUUUCAGAGCAGAACACCUGAGAAUGGAACUGCUGAGCACCCUUCGUGUGAAAUAGUUGAUAAAAUUUGCUGCCAGAAUGCAUUUGACCCAUUACAUUGUCAAUGUGAGCCAUGUAUGGGAAAACUGAAGGAGACUAUUGACUAUGCAUUCAAGCUAUGUGGUGGCAUUGGGCUGUUUUUCAGUUUCACUGAGUUAUUCGCCGUAUGGCUCGCCCGACGUUACCGCAACCAGCCCGACCCUAAUUAUAAGGAACCACACGCUAUAUUCCCUAGGAAAAAUUACUUGUACUGAAGUGGAACACCUUAGUUUUAGAACUGUUAUUCCCCCAGACUGAUUUAGUGAAUUUUGCCAGUUGCUGUAUGUUUCCCUACAAUACAACCUGUCGACAUACGUGCAAGUCAGUGUAUCUUUCAUUCAGCAAUCAAAAUAUAUGACAUCACAGUUUACAUCUAUCUUUAAAAUAACAAUAAGAGUAUUAUUCGUUUGUGUAUAAAAAUAUCAUUGAACCUUAUCACGUAUGUAGGCACACCGUAAGAUAACAAAGACAUUUUCUUCACAUAUUUAUCACAAAAAACAAAAAUGUAUAGUCACGAUGUGUUUUAGAAGCCAAUAUUAAUAUUGUUAUCACAAAUUCUGAGUUUCGUUCGUCAUCUGACUUUUGGAGCACUUUGUUAGUGAUGUGUAUAAAUGAGCUCUGACCUACCUUUUAUCGUAGUCAAUUUUUCUUUCGUAUACCAUCUAUACGUGUAUUUCAUUAGUAAUUGUCAAAGAACCAAGGAGAGUACAUCAAUUUUUGACUUCGAUACUUUAUUACUUAUGUAAUUGAAGCUAUUUCUGUGCGGUUAUUAGAUACAUAAAUGAACAUUUAUGAUUGAUGAUGUGUGUAAGAAAAAAGGUUCUAUAUGUAUAUUAGCUUGUUCGAAUGUAUUCAUUCUAGUGAUUUGAUCAUAGGCGUGGUUUGUCCUUGAAAUUCCAUUUUAAAAGUAUGCCUCUUAGGUGUUUUUCUUAUUUUUGAAUUUUAAUAGACUACUACACAGUUUGAAGCUUCAUAUCAUUGUAGAAAAGUGUUAUAUAGUAAGAGUGAUGAGUAGUAAGCCUUUGUAUUUUCUGUCUUUCAGAUUUAUGGGCAAAUGUUCAUUUGAUUAUGAAUUUUAUUUUUUAUUGACAUUACAAAUAGUAGAUAAUAUUUAAAUUAAAGAGGCUUAUAACUGGCAUCACUGAGGUCGCGCGAGAUCUCACAAUGCAUUUGUUUUUCUUAAUUAAAACAAUGCCAUUUCAGGUAUUCAUAGUUCUCGCUAAAUUCAAUGCGGUCACCAACUCAAUUACGAGCACGUAAGACCGAGUCAUAUACGAUGUGCGUGUAGUAAACAUCUAUAGUUAAAAAUCGUUUCUGGUCAGCGUUCGCGCGUUGUUCCACGACUACAAAAAGUUUAGCGAGAACUUUACCUAGGAUAGAAAACGUAUGUUUUAGGUACAUCUUAUCUACUAGUCAGUAGUCUAUUAUUUUAGCAUAAUCUUGCUUUCAUCUUGAAAUACCAAUAAAACUUAUGAGCUAUUGUUAGCCUUUACGGACUGAAUUUGUUAUAGAUAGAUUAAGUGCCACCGUCAAUUUGCACGGUUGUCUGUUUGCCCCGACUUAGUUAUUUUGAAUUAAACUUAUUUUGUUACCUGCAUAUUUUUAACUCAUUUAAGCUUUAAUUAGAUGUUUUCAUCAUUUACACCUGUAAUUGUAAAAUCAUUUUAAUUCCCCAGUCUAAUAUUUUUGAAACAUUUUAAUUAAUUUGGUUAUAAAAGAGUUUUUACCUAGUUUUUUAACAUUUACACACAGUAGACGAAUUAUUUUUAUUUUGAAUAAAAACUAUUUAUGAUAAUUAUUAUGGAAUUUAUAAUGAAGUCUCGAAUUUCGCCAACCAGAAACAAAGGCAUCCUUCAAAUAGUCUAUAAUUUAUAAAUGUAGUAUCGUGUACAUAAUAUUGCCAAAAUGAAUUAUCCUCGUGUAUUAUCAGUGUAUUGAUAUCUAUCUUACUUGGAAAUAAAGUGUGCAAGCAUU